AUGAUUAGAUUAGGUAUCCGCAUGGCCGGGCUGGCCUUUUUUCUCAUCGCCGGCCUUGCAGCCCUGGCUCCAGCAGAUUCAGCGAGAGGAGCUCCACCACAAGUCCUCGAGCACAUGCAGUCGAAAUUCCGAGUGCCGGUUGGUGCUCCUCACUUCAAGCUCACCUGCCCGGUGAUCAGCCCCGACAAAAGCUCGCUAAUGGUUGAAUGGACGAAAAAUGGUGAAACGAUUGACCCCGAUGGAACGGCAAGGAUUAAAUUGUCGAAGAACCAACGCGAGAUCCGCAUCAAGAAUAUUAUGCUGGAAGACAGCGGCAUGUACGAGUGCCAAGCCGCGAAUGGAUUUGGGCAUCGCACGAUACAGAUGACACUUUAUGUAUAUAACCCAGACUCCGAUGCCUCCUACAUAAAGGAUUCUAUCAUCGAAACGAAACAAGCCAAACAACCCGAAUGGCAGCCAGGAGCUGCUGUUGAACAUUCAGCUGCUAACCCGAUUCACCUGAAAACGGGUGAUCGGCUGGAGUUGAGAUGUCCUGCCAGAGGAAGCCCACUCCCAGAGAUUCGGUGGUAUAAGGACAAUAUCCUCAUGGACGCAGCCGCCGAUCCUUAUUCUGCGACCUUUGUGGUGGAAUCCGUGACCUACAACCACACUGCCAACUAUCGUUGCGUUGUUGAGAACAACCUCGGCAGCAUCGAUGCCGUGUUCCGAGUCUACAUCCCGAGAGACGAACAGGAAAAUGAUCCGACGAUCGAGUCCUUCAACUCGUCGGUCAAGUUGGGACAUACAGCUCAAUUCCAAUGCAAAGUGAAAGCGCCUUCCCCGCCAAUUAUCAAGUGGUUCAAACAAGUGAACGACCCGGUGAUGGUACGCAGAGCAGAUCCAAAUGCUACCGUAAUCAACAACUUGUUUGGUAUGAUGCUGCUUCUACUCGAUCAGCCAGAUAAUGUUGUUACGGUCGAAGCCCCGAUCCGGCGCGGCGAAGGAGAGCACACCUAUACGAAUCGUCUGAUCAUCCCAACGGUGGACGAGGGCGAUGCUGGUAUCUAUGUCUGCGUCGUCACUUCAUCUACCCAACAUCCAUUCCGGAUGGUGCACAAAACAGCCCAGUUGGAAGUUGUCGAAGAUCCGUUGACCAUGUCGACCGACAUCAUCUAUUACAUCGUUGUCCCAGUCGCCGUGAUUUUCCUGGUGCUCGUCCUGCUGGCGGUUCUCUACCUGAAAUGUGCCCAAGAGGAGUGUGUCUCGAAGGAUCCGCUCUCGAAGCGGCCACCUCCGCCGCAGAUCCCUCCUCCAAUGGCCCCGCCUCAAGAUCCGAUGUACUACGAUCAAAAAGCCACACUGACAACGCACAAUCUUGAAUCGUUCUUCCCAUCACAGACUCUGCAGACUCCACUCUCCGCAACACUGAGCAAGAAGACCUAUCUGCAUCGAGGGAUGCGUGAAGACUUCUCCAACACGAUGAGCCGUGCAGCCCUGCCACCUGGUUCUCCCUAUUGGGGUCACCAAGGUCGCACGAUGGAGAACACCAUCUAUGGGCAGCACUAUCGAACACUUGAGCCCGACUUCUAUCGGAGACAAGAAAACCCGUACGACUCUGGCAGCACGAUCGAGCAAAGCCAACCGUUCCUUGGCUAUCGGGACAACUUUGUCGACAAAUCUAGGCAUCCGUAC